ACAGCCAAUGAACCAGACAGGCAGAGGGACCCAGCAGAGACCAGCAAAGCCUGUAAGUCAUCACAUUCCAUCAGAAACAUCCAGAUGAAACCAGAUGAAAAAGCACUUCAGCAGUGCUCCUAAACAGCACUGGGCCCACUGAACUCAGAGACACGGCAAGAGAUCAUUUUUGAAAUAUGGCUCAGAGUGACCUCCUCUACCCAGAGAACCCAAGAAGGAGGCAAGAAGUACACCGUCUUCACCAGGAGCUCCUGGACUGCUUAUCUGACAGCUUCUAUGCCACCAAUAAGCUGACUGGGGUUUUAAAUAUGCACUUAGGGUGCAGGCUGGCCUCCAUUGAAAUGAAAAGAGAUGGGACCAUCAAAGAGAACUGUGAUAUCAUCAUCCAAGCCAUAAUGAAAAUCCAGAAAGAACUGCAAAAGGUUGAUGAAGCACUGAAAGAUAAACUAGAGCCAACCCUUUAUAGAAAACUUCAGGAUAUUAAGGAAAGAGAAACAGAGAAAAUUGCAAUAGUACAAAAGGUUAUUUCAGUCAUCCUGGGAGAAGCUACUUCUGCUGCCAGUGCAGUGGCUGUUAAACUUGUGGGCUCAAAUAUCGCAACUGGCAUAAUUAACAAAUUGGUCACUGUGCUAGCUCAAAUUGGUGCUUCUCUCCUUGGCAGCAUAGGAGUGGCUGUUCUUGGCCUAGGCAUAGAUAUGAUCUUCCGUGCCAUCCUGGGAGCAGUGGAGAAAACACAGCUUCAAGCAGCCAUCAAAAGUUAUGAGAAGCAUCUGGUGGAAUUCAAGUCAGCUUCAGAAAAAUAUCAUCAUGCCAUUACUGAGGUCACCAACACAGUGGAACACCAAAUGAAAUAAACAGCCACUUUUAAUAGGCACUGGAGUAUUUUUCUGCUUUUGUCUCAAUAAUAGUGUUUUGCUUCUUUGAUUAAGUUCACUUUUCAUAAGCUUCCAACAAAGACAUAAACAAAGUAAACAACUCAGAAAGAGGAAUCGGAGAUGCUAUAACUAGAUGACUCUAGAGAGUCUUCUACCAACAAUGAACACCUGGAUCAGUUGGUUCUGGACCCUGCGAGUAAAAGUUACAUCCCAGGACCAACUGAUUCCCAGUCAAAAAUCCUUAAAAUUUACAUCGAAUGCAGAGGCUUUCAUUUCUACCAUUAGCUUCAGGCAUCAUUUAGUUCUAAGGGGACAUACUUAGUAACUUCUGCCUACAUACAAACGCUGAGCCUUAGAAUGGAAUAGAAAUACUACCAUAAUUUUGACCAUCAGUUUAAAUUCAACUUUCUGUAAACUGGAAUAGACUGAAAUGUGAUUUAUAACAAUUUACGUUAAUAAUGAAAGGACCCAAUGGUUUUGUAAACUUCUAAGUACACAUU